AUGUCCUUUGUGCCUAGAAGGAUAUUUCCUGGAUUUAACAUCACUUUGGCAAACUUCAAGGGCCAUCAUCAGAAGGCCUUGACGAAGUUUGGCCACUUGGCCCCGCAAAUUGACUAUAUUCUUGAAGUCAGGGAUAGUAGGGCCCCUAUUGCAACCACAAAUGUGUUGCUUGAGAGAGUACUAGCCAGAAAGCCCAAAGUGGUUUUGUACAGUAAAAAGGAUUUGUCAGUACUAAGCACUCCGUUGCUAGAAAAAUGGCACAACAAGCACAAUGAGGAGUAUAUGGUUAUAGACGCUAGAAGUAAGCAGGAUGCUAAACGAAUUAUUGAUAGAAUGACCAAAGAGUACAAUAAGAUGAACCCACCCCCACCGUUGGGAAUGAGGCUCAUGAUCGUGGGAAUGCCUAACGUAGGUAAGUCUACAUUGGUUAAUACUCUAAGAGAAGUUGGAUAUAAUUACCACUUAACCGAUACCAUUUCUACCAAAAGACGUAAGGUUGCAAAGACUGGUGGACAACCAGGAGUCACGAGAAACACCAGUGAAAUCAUCAAAAUCAGCCAGUGGCCCGAGAUUUCUGUGCAUGAUACUCCCGGGGUAUUUCUUCCAACUGUAAAGAACAGUGAGACGAUGUUGUCGUUGGCGUUGGUGGGGUGUGUAAAUUCGUCGUUUGUGGAUCCGGUGAUUCAGGCUGAUUAUUUGUUGUAUUUGUUGAACCUACAGGACGAGCCUGGUGCUCGUUAUAGUGAGUACAUGGAUCAUCCCACGAACUCAGUAGAUGAGUUGUUGUUCAAUAUCGCCAAAACCAGAAACAAAUUGAAGAAAGAUGAUUCUUACGAUGAGCUUGGAAUGGCGAAUCAUUGGUUGAAUCUUUGGAGACAAGCCAAGGGCAAGCAGUACAGAGGUCUAUUUGAGUUGGAGACGAUUAUAGAGGUGGGUGGAAAACAGGUGAGGUCGAUGUUUGAAGAAGAAAAGGAAAGGGUUCGUUCUAUGAAUGUGCACCAGAAGAUUGUUGAUAGUUUGGGAGAAGAUGGAACGGGGAUGUCUAAAAAGAGAAGUAGAACUGCCAAAGAUAGAGAGUUUGAUAUCAGAAAUCGGUUGUUCAAGUUAUAA